AUGAAGCUGAAAUCGUUGCCUCAUCAGAUUCUGCGUCUACCAGAAACACCACCUCUCACUCCUCCUUGCGAGCCCCUCUCCACGAGGUCCUCGUGCGAUUAUCUUGGUGACCUGGCACUCUCCACGAAAUCAGACCCAUCCUCCUACGCCAACCCGGUUGUAGCAGUCAUCGGUACAGGAUACGUGGGACUUCACCUCGUCGAAGCAUUCUCGUCGGCAUACGAAGUUAUCGCGUUCGAUGUCUCCCAACGUCGCCUUGACACAAUUGGUUCAACUCUGCCAGCAUCAGUCUCAUGCACAUCCAACGCCGCCGACCUCACACGAGCAACACACUUCCUCAUUUCUGUUAGCACGGUCAUCGACGAACGACAGAAUAUCGACACGGCUUGCACCCGCAAAGCCAUUCAAACCAUUGAGACCUACGCUCGUCCGGGAUCAACGAUUGUCAUCGAAAGCUCUGUGGCUGUUGGAAUGACAAGGGACUUGCUGUCGUCACUGAUGGAAACGAAGGGCCUCAAAUGUGGAAUGUCUCCAGAGCGCGUCGACCCAGGACGAACAUACCCACACUACACGACCAUCCCAAAGAUCAUCUCGGGCCUCGACGGCGCAUCACUCCAAUCAAUCCAGUCACUCUACUCCGCAGUCUUCCACAACCUCGUUCUCGUCUCGAGUCCCGAAGUCGCCGAAAUGACCAAACUCUACGAAAACUGCCAAAGAAUGAUGUGCAUCGCCUACGCAAACGAAAUGGCAGACGCCUGCACACAGCUCUCACAGUCCCUCUCAGAGAAAUACAGCACACACGAAAAGCGACGGCUGUCGAACACAAUCGCAAUCGACCCCCUAGAAGUCUCCCGCGCAGCAGCAACUAAGCCUUUCGGCUAUAUGCCGUAUACGCCCUCCCUCGGUGUCGGCGGCCACUGCAUCCCCUGCAAUCCAUACUACCUCUUCUCCAACUCCUCCUUCCCCUUACUCGAGGCCUGCACAGACCGGAUGCGAGAGCGUCCGGCUCGCAUUGGCGACGAACUCAUGACGAAACUUCGCAAUCAGUCCUCUGGACGGAAACAUAUCCUCGUCGUCGGCUUAGGAUUCAAGCGGGGACAAUCUGUGCUGUCGCAUUCGCCUGGGUUGGCGCUCGCGACGCAUUUGCUGAGCAAUUAUAAUGUUUAUGUGGCGUUUGCGGAUCCGUUGGUUGAGCAGGCUGCUGUGCUAUCGAUUCCAAAGUUGGAUGAGGCGGAUUGGAACGUGCAGACGUUACUGCAGUUUAAUGGGAUUGUGGUUGCUGUCGACCAGCCCGGCCUUGACUGGUCUGUUGUAAAGGAGGUUGAGGCUCAGGGUGCACAUGUGGAGUGGUUCUGCAGCGUGUCAUGA